GGCCGCAGACUACCUCUCCCUUCCCCUCCGGGACACCCCGCGGGCCCGCAGGCCGGAUGGGUCAGAGGUCCCGCGGUCCGAGGGGCGGGCGGACUGGCCGCCGAGGCCUCGCCCUCGUACGACAGCUGCGGGGCAGCCAAGAGGGAGCCAGGAGGAGGGGCCGCGGCCCCGACCCGCCCCAAAGCCGCGGAGGCAAAACAGAAACGCAGCCCAGCGCGCGCCGCCCGGCCCUGCCCUGCCCUGCCCGCCGCCGAGCAGCUCGGCCGUCGGUAGCGAGAUGGCCGCCGCCGCCUCCCCCGGCCCCGCCGCGGCCCCAGCCGCCGCUCCGGGCCGACGAGUCGCCACCGCCCACUGCCGGCCCCCCCUCGCCUGCCCGCCUGCCCGCCCUCCUGGGACACGGCCCGCUCCACCCCUCGCGGCUGCUCACCGCGCUGAGGCGGAUCCCGCUGGGUGGCUGCGUCGCCAUCUUGAGCGAGUUACAAAGCCAGGACCGGCCUCGGCCGCAAUCAGACUGGGAGGCGACGGGAGACAAAUGUGGAGCCCACAAGGCCCUCCCACUUCCGGGGCGGAGCGCACGUGUGACCCCGCCCACUCACUUCCGCCUCCCUGCGCUGUGGUAUUGGGAUUGCUGGGAAGGAGCCCAAACUAAGGCAAGAAAACAGAAAUUUUAAAAUUCCAUACAAGAGUUAGAAUAUUUGAAGAAAGUAAAAUCUCUAACCGAUUGAUCUAAAUCAAAAACAACGUGAAGGGGUUUCCCUGGUGGCGCAGUGGUUAAGAAUCCACCUGCCAAUGCAGGGGACACGGGUUUGAGCCAUGGUCCGGGAAGAUCCCACAUGCUGCAGAGCAACUAAGCCACAACUACUGAGCCUGUGCUCUAGAGCCCGCGAGCCACAACUACUGAGCCCGCGUGCCACAACUACUGAAGCCUGCGCGCCUAGAGCCCGGGCUCCGCAACAAGAGAGGCCACCGCAAUGAGAAGCCCGCACACCACAAGGGAGAGUAGCCCCUGCUCACCGCAACUAGAGAAAGCCCACGCGCAGCAACAAAGACCCAACGCAGCCAAAAAAAUAAAAAUAAAUUUUAAAAAAGGAAAAAAAAUCAGCGUGAAAACUGGUUGCGUUCACAAACCUACACAGUUAUACAUCUCGACUUUUACAUGGAAUAUAUCUCAGAGAGCCUUCUGUAGUUGUACAGGAAAAACUUCAUCACAUUGUUUUACAGCUUCAUAACAUUUCAUUAUAUUGAUGUAUUGCGAUUCAUGUAGUCAGU